AUGUCAUCCAACGUGGACGAGGUCGACCCAAGCCACCAGCUGCAGCAAUCGCUUGCACAGACCUGCAGUCACGACGAGUCCCCGUAUUCUUAUUCCCAGAAGCACUCGCGCAGCAGUAGCGGUGUCUACUACGACGAGUUCGACCUAUCGUCCGAAGAGGAGUCCGGCCAGUUCGAUGACGCCAUAGAGGAGCUUGCCUCUCCACAACAGCCGACGAAGGCCCGCUCGGUAUCCAGUCACUCGACAAAGCGACGACGGUCCAACGAUUGGCCCCUUGAUCAUGGCGAGGAUACUUCGCGUAAGGAACCCACAACCAGCCAUCGCUGGCCGUUCUAUAGCCCCGGCAGAAUUUCAGGCUCCCACGGCGGCUCGCCGCGCACGAUUGGACGACGGCUGGGAAACCGGGGUCGUCGCUCCCGCUUCGUCGAGGGCACCAUGAAUGACAGCGUAAGCGAGAAGCCACCGAGUAUCUUCAUGCGGGACGCCAACAGCAAAUCCGUGAACGAUGGGAGUGGUCCCAGCCAGAAAUCUUCGGGGAUUUUUCGGUUCGGAAAAGCCAUUGCAUCCGCAUUCAAUCCAUUUGGUGUGCUUGGGAAUGUCUCCGAUAUCUGGAAGGGCUCGGAGACACAGAAGCCGGCGGACGAUACGCUUGCGCGGGCGGAGAAGGCCUACGCGGAGCUGAAGAAAGCGGGAUACAAAGGUACGGUGAAGGGAAGCUAUAUGCAAAGCAUGCAAGUGGGGCCCAACAACCUUGCAGAUACGACAUGGAAGUCGAUUCAGGAGAAGAUGGAUUACAAACAGGUGGGACGUCACUCACGACAAAGUUCCGGCGAAGGAAUUGGAUCGGGGGUUUCGCUCAGGAGUUCGUUCCAAGAGCUUCGAAAAGCCAAGUCGUCCCUCGGGAUUCCGUCGAUGUCUCUUCUUACAAAUAGACGGUCAGAUGAUACUGGAUAUCCGGAAGUGCGACGGCAGAUGUCGCGGAAGGAGCUUCAGAGGCAAGCCAAGCUGUUAAAGCGAGUUAGCGACCUCGAGGAGAAGCUUGAACGAGCCCGGCAGGAGCUUCAAGAGCUCAUGAGCGAGGACGAAUUUCUAUCGCAGACCUGCGUGGCUAAGCCGUACCAUCGAAAAUUUAUUCCCGGAGAGCUCCCUUGUCUUCCGUCGGAGAGACUCCUGCAUAAUAAUUCUACGCCUCCUGUACCUGCAGCUGGAACAACUUUAGUGCGUUCACCACGGCGGAAUGUUCGACAGAUAUUAGAGACUCAUGAGAUGGGUGAGCGCCAUCAGACAGCCGAGAAAUCUACCACCACCCAGAGGCCCAAACCACCAGACGAAUCCCAACCACAGUCCUUGGCCGUGGAUAGUCCUUCUCGCAAACGAAAGUCGCCAGAUCCUCAAUCAAUGAGACCAAGCAAUAGCAGCCAUCCAAACCAAGACGAUAUGCCGAACCACGGUAAAGAGGUCGACAUCUCCCAACGUGGCGAGGAGGCCACACCUUCUCGAAAGCCCAAAUUAGCAAAGAUGGAUCGGCGAGACAGCCCCGGGUCCGUGGAACGGAAGCAGCCGCGGGACCAAGAGAAGCAACAAGAGACGGACGGACGCUCUCCAGGGGAGGAGCGAGGGCGACGAUCGGCCCAACCUCUCCGAUCAGCAAGCAAACGGUCACCAUCCGUAAAAAGACGGGCGUCGAGCUCGAGAAACCGAGCCACGCCAUCUCUUCGCAUGAAAAGGGGCCAUGUGAACCUCCGCUCGGAGGAUGCCAACGAUAAUUCCAUAGUCCAUGAUUCAGAAGACAAGGAGAAUCAGCAGCAUGAUGGCUUGAAGGGUACAUGUUACCUUGAUGACGAGUCUCUCCUCAAUCCUGACCAGAUCGCCCCCAGUCCAUGCUCCAGCAGGAGAAAAGACCCGUCCAAAUGUAGCUACAGCUAUAGCUAUAUCCCGCCGGUGCCUCCUAUCCCCAAAGAUCUUGCCGCGACAGCCGCCAAAGUCGACCGACGGCUGGCGAUGGAGAUGGGCAGGAAGCGAGAGACACACAGUCUGAGACAGGCGCAACGGACGGUGCAGGAAAAGGCAGAGUCAUUCAGGUGGCCAGAUGACAUAUUUUGA